AUGUGCCGUUGGCUAUUGUUGUGGAUGUCCCUAGCAAGCUUUGUCGUAGCCAUCCCCGAGGAACACCAGUACUGCGCCGUCAGAUACAGGAGACUCUGUCAGGGGAAGGGGCGACAUAUUGCCUGUCAAUUUCCUGAUUCUGGCCCAGGACCCUCGUGUGAACGUUACACACAAAUAAAAUUCACAAAUGAUUUGAAGCAUUUCAUCACACAUUAUCUUAAUCGACGUCGUCAGCGCAUUGCUGCUGGCAAUGAGAGAGUUCGAGGUGGUGUUCAUCUUCCGAAACCACAAAUUAUGAUGCUGGUUGAAUGGGACCGUGAGCUGGCUCUACUAGCUCAAAGGCUGGCGGAUCAAUGUCACUUUGUACACGAUGACUGCAGAGCUACUGUCCGGUAUCCUUACGCCGGUCAGACUGUAGGCGAGGUAAGGUGGCGUCGCUCCAGCGACUCGGACGAGCUGAGCGCGCAGCGUGCUAUACGCCGCGUGUUGGAUGCGUGGUGGGGAGAGCGACGGCGCGUGCAGCCUAAACAACUGACGGCGCCGUUUAGACUUACUGCUAAAGGCACAGUCUGGGGCCACUUCAGCCAGCUAGCAGUAUGGAACCUCCAAGCGGUUGGCUGCGGUGCCGUGCGCCAUGGAGCUCAUCAUUCCCGUCUACUCCUCGUGUGUGACUUCUCCCACACAAAUAUGCUGGGCCAGAGGACCCUGGUCUCUGGGCCUAUGGCUCCUUGUCCUAUACAUACUGCUCGAAGACCUAGGACAGCUUACCCUUUACUUUGUGCACCGGUACGCCAUCCAGUUCCCGCUGAACCAGAAGAAGUGGAGCUAGAAGAUAAUUACGAGGAUGACGAAGAGGAUGACCCUGACAUAAUGACAGUGGAUGUUGGGGACGUUCCUACACCCGCCCUCUGGAUCACCAAGACUGAGAAACGAACUUCUUUACCAAAGGUCAAGACUAAACCAAGCCCCACCAGGGAGUUUCCUGAACAGCACACCAGGAAAUUUGAGACUAAAAUGUACCAUAGACCUACAUACAAGCCGCAGACGACGACGACGGCUAAAGAGUCUAUAAUACAGAAGUUGGACCGGGAGCUGGAACAGAAGACACGAAACAAGGUGAACAUCAACGUGAACUAUAAGGAGGCUCAGAACACCUUCGAUAGCAAUCAGUUCGACAAUAUUGUCCGAAAUGAUUGGAGGGCUCGGAAGAAACCUAACUUCGGACAGUGGCGCCAAAGCCAAGAAAAUCCGGAGAACUUGGAGGAGGUAAUCCCUCUGACGACUCCUCGGCCCGAAACCACGGAGACCGUGGAACAAACCUUAGCUGAACUGUACCGCCCCACUCUUAGGGAUGAUCCGACUGAACCGCCGGUACCCCGCACUCUGCUUGAGAUGUAUCGGCCCACAGUCCGAGACGAGCAUGAUAUGACUGAACAUGAGGAGACUAUCUUUCGUCCGAGAUGGAGACAAACAAGACUUAGGCCUCCGAGACCGGGCGCAAAUGCUCUACUGACUUAUGCGUCCACGGGCAAACCGCCGAAAAAAGAUUUUAUUGAAACAGAGAGAUAUAGGCCUUUAAUGGCUCUCCAAAAAAGACCACAAAUCGACGAGAAGCCCAAAGGGGCCUCGUUGAACUUGGACAAGGAAGAUAUCGACCAGUUAUUUCGAGACACUGGCUUCAAUAUACACUGGAGGAAGCACACCACAUGA